AUGAGGAAGAUCUUUCGAGAAUUGGAUGGCGAUGUCGACGGCGAGAUCACCAUGGAGGAGAUGCAGAGGCGGAUGCUGGAUCCCGAAAUCGGUGCCUAUUUCAGCCAGCUCGGCAUGGACCCUGACCAGGUGGGCAAGCUGUUUUUCCUUUUGGACCGCGACAAGUCGGGCACGCUCGACCCAGAGGAGUUCAUGUUCGGCUGCCUGAAGUUCCGCGGCGACGCGAAGAGCCUGGAUAUCGCUGUGAUGCACCAGCAGGUCAAAUGGGUCCACGACACCCUGAAGGCCGUGGUCACCCACCUCGGGAUCGACUCUGAGCCAGACCAAGAUUUCCCACCUAGUCGGGUCUUCGAGGGCAACACCAGGAACUCCGUAUUCUCUGCAGCACCCUCGGCAAGGCCCUCUGAGGUGCACGGCGGCGGGCUCAUGAUCCUCCCCUCGCAGAUCGAGCGCGUGCUCGAGUAG